GGAUUAUUACAAAUGGUAUGCUCAGUAAAUCUUACAAGUGAAGGACAUUAUUUGGCUUUUGACGAAGCACUUGAAACGUAUGGGAUAAAGUUUAUCAAACAAAAUAUCACCAGAAAUCUUACUGACCAGCAGACUAUGAUGUUAAAGAUUAAGGCAGUCCAGAGCAAGAGAAAUCGUUUAUUAAUGCUUCUUGCAGAAUACACUGAUGACGUUGCGGUAAGCCAGAGCGCUCGCACGAUCAAGUCACGUAAAGAUUCACUCUGGUCUUUGGCGACGAAGUUGUCAUCUGCUUUUGACUAUCCAGAUCCUAUGACACACUAUCUGUUCAAAGAUGCACCAGAAAUUUGUGAAAAGGGUAUCGAGGACAUUCUUUCUUUCUACGAGCAUGGCGAAUCACGCUUUUAA